AUGGCAAUUUCGCCCAAAAUAAAAGCCCUUGUUGAUCUAGCAACUGUUAUUGCAAUAUUGCUCAACUUUUUUGUUUACUUUUAUCCAGAUAUUGUCAAUCCUACUGAGAAAUGCAACUGGUACAAUGCUCCUGAACAAAAAUCAAAAUACACAUUCUUGAAUAACAAUUUGCCGACUGAUUGGGUGAAUAAAUUGGUUUUGAACUUCCCCAGCCUCAAGGAACAGGAGGAAGUUGUAAGCAAUGAUAUUCAUAUGUUACUAUUUGGGGACCCUCAAAUUAAUGGAAACUGGCCCCUGACGAAAUAUAUCAAGAGGUUGGAUAAUUAUGGCAAUGACUAUUAUUUAGGACACAUAUACAACACAAUGAAAAGAAGAUUGAACCCCUCACAUGUCACUGUAAUGGGAGACUUGUUUUCGAGUCAAUGGAUUUUAGAUUCAGAGUUUUACAACCGUACCUACCGGUAUGUCGAGAGAUUGUUCCCUCAACCAUUGGAAUACAAGCAAAAUGCGCUUGAAGUGCAUGCAAGACACGAGAACUAUAACUGGCAACAGUGGUUAGAAGAUGAAAAGGCAAUGGAUCCUAUUCACAGAUUCCAGUCUCGUGUAUAUAACGAUGUUUAUGAUUGGGUUUAUAGAAACAGGUCAACCCCAAACUAUGAUCAACCCUUAUUUAUCAAUUUAACUGGUAACCACGAUAUUGGAUAUAGUGGUGAUGCAACUUGGCAACAUAUGGCUAGAUUCCAUUUAUUGUUUGGCCAAAACAACUAUGUUAUAAAUUACAAAAAGGGCUCCCCAGAUGAAUGGAGAAUAGUGGUUUUGGAUUCACUAACAUUAGAAGGGCCAGCUUUGCAAGAGGAAUUUGUGAACUACACUUGGUCAUUUUUAGAGAAUUUGCGUGAUAGAGAAAAUCCAAACUUUAAAGGGUCUACCAUCUUGUUGACGCAUGUACCCAUGUAUAAGAAAGCUGGAUUAUGUAGAGAUGGCCCUGAACACAAGUACUAUAUAAACAAUGAGAAAGAGCCCUACAAAAAUGGUAAAUUGAGAUCGCACAAUCAUUUAGCCUAUGAAACAACUCAAAAAGUAAUGGAUAUUGUGUUCCCCAACAAAGGCAAGAGUGGAAUUAUAUUAACAGGUCAUGAUCAUGAAGGGUGUGAUGAUUGGUACAAUUAUAUCAAUGGCGAAUGGAUAGCUUCGAAGGAGAAACAGUCUGCUGAACGUGAAUCUGUCAGGGAAGUAGUUGUGCGUGCCAUGAUGGGAGAAUUUGAUGGUCAAACGGGAAUUUUAACUGGUCAUUUUGAUGAUGCUCGUGAUACUUGGGAUUUCCAUUUCAGUUACUGCUCGUUUGUUAUUCAACACUGGUGGUGGGCAAGCAAAGUUGCUUUACUUGUAGUUAUCUUCUUACAAUCCUUUGUGAAACUCUUUGGUGGAAUAUAA